ACCAAAAAAAAAAAAAAGAGAGGAAGAGCAAAGCAUACAAGUUCACAGCAUCAUGCCAACAACAUCACUCUCAACCAAGAGCAAAACCCACAAAACCAACAAAAACCGCCAAAACCAAAACAAAACCAUAAAAACCAACCAACAGCACCAGCAAAACUACCAGCUCAUCAACCAUCCAAGCCCAUCCUCCUCCUCCUCCUCCUCAUCAUCAUCAUCAUCAACAGCAGAAGAACCACCAUCAAGACACUCAAACCAGAAGAAGAACUACAACCAUCUCACCAGACCCAACAGACGAAGUCCAGAGAGCCAAUCGACCGAAAACCUGAGCUCGAAUACUAUCCCCACACCAGACCUACUGCCUACUACCAUCCAACAGCAGCAGCAUCACCACCAUCACCCCCUCCUAGACCAAUCCAAUCAACUGGCUUCUACUACAAGAAAUACGAACAAUAUCAUCAACUCAACAACAAGGAACUCAAAGAAACGCAAACCAAUAACCAUUCAGGACCCUCUGACAACUCAGAAACAGAAUUCAAAUCCACUCCUCAACAAUCACAAUCACACUCUCAACAACCAUCACUUCAUCCAAUCCACCCCAAAGCGACAGAAAACUGAACCCAUCAAGCCAUCCUCCACCAUUCACCAACCAAGCUUACCCACCCGUUCAAACCCUAUACCCGCCCAACCGGCACCUGGAUUUUUCUUCACCACCCAACCCUUCAAGACCCCAGGUGGCAAGCUAGACCCAUCGAAUAGCACGAUCGCCAAUGGCGGCCCCUCCGGCUCCUCCCCUCCUCAACCCCCAUCCUCUGGAAACUCCAAGGGAAAGGCAAAGGAGACGCGUCAGAUAUCUAACCACCAUAAACCUCGCCCACGCUCUCGAUCUAGUCAUCCUGAUCACAGCUCAUCCGACGAUCAAUCCAACCAUCUCCCUCAAGUCUCAAACAGACCCACAUCCUCCUCCUCACAGUUACACACUCCUAAACAUUCAAGGAAUACUCACAUCUAUGGACAACAGGAUCUACAGGCAGAUGGUGAAAUGUCACUGGUAAUCGCCGAAACACCUAUGCAUCAUAAAAACAGACAGUUCAGGCGAGGUGGAGGAAAUCAGCCUGGAAAGCAGAAAAACGAUCAGGUCGAGCUAGGCCACGGUCCUGGUACCCCACUCUCAUCUCAAUCGCUUCAGGCCUUUGAUUCUGGUCAAGGAAGCGUCAGGCGGGGCAGUCGUGCGAGCAGUAUUGGAAGUGGACACGAAGCUUUGCCGCAUCCUCGGAUACAACCCUCGGUCUUAUGCAGACAUAUCCGCACCGAUCUCCCGCCCAGUAUGAGGUGUCGGACGCUGCUAUCAUGGUGUAGUCAGAAGGCCGAACACGUCACAUACACCGUUCUGAAUCCGAGUUUCAAGCCGACCCGGUACAUUGCUGCCGAGCUGCCGAAGCCGCUGGCCCGGACGCUGGGACAGCUUGCGCCGCUCGAGGCGGGAGCCAAGUCGAAGUUGCUGACCAGGGUGGCCAAAUCGGCGCUCAAAAACUUCAUCCGCGGGAUCUGCGAGAACCAGGUCGAGAUCAGCUGGGGCAUCCCUCUCGACUCGGACGAGGACAACGAGGUCUCGGUCGAGGACCUCUCCAUACUCGAUCUUCAGGCCCUCCCCCCUCAUCCUCAAGACCUUAAAAACGAACGCAAGAUUGUGGAGUUAAACACUUGGAGAACUCGAACGUCAUAUGAAGAUCAUGCUCGACAAUUCCAACUGAAUCGAUAUGGGCGAUUGAUCGAACGGAUAACGGAGAAGAGUGAACGAACAAAAGAAGAGCUGUUGAAGUCUAACCGGUUCGAUGGUGAAGAUAAUGGAGAUAAAGACGGGUUGGUGAUUGACACGAAACGGUUGACCGAUCGAGCGGCGGUUCUCGAGUUCGGUCGGUUCCUGAGGUCCCGCCCUCUUCCUCCUCCGAAAUCAAUCGACGUGCUUGAUGAACUAGGGAUCAAUUGGAAUCAAAUCUCCUUCAACAUUGGGCUGAUUAAAGAAGGGAUGGGUCGAGUGGAGGAAGACCUCGUGGAGAUCAGGGAGCGGAUGAGUAGGCUGCAGAUGAGCUCGACGAUCAAGCUAAAGCGAGUCGGUGAGGAAGGCAUGCUGAGUGAGAUUGAGGCGAAGAUCCAGCUCUCAUCGACAGAUGGCGUCCAGCUAUGUCUCAAGUCCUUGAACCUCAACGAGCCCCCCAUCCAACCUGCGCUCCAACCUGAGGCUGGUCCUGGAUCGAUCGUCAAACGCGACUUCCUCAGAACUCUCAGUCGCUCAUCCCAUCUGGCUUGACUCCGACUAACCACCCCACCUCAUCGGGUUUCUGUUCACUUAAUCCGUCUCUGUCUCUCCCCCUGCCCUUCUUCUGCACCUUCUUCUUCUUUGUGAUUGUCCGUGAAAUGGAACUUUAAAAAAAUGAUGAUCAUCCUUGAUUUGUACUUCGACCGUCGACCUUGUUUACUUCAUCCGUAUUUGAUUAAUCGCUUUCAUUUCCUUCAUUAAUCACUAAUCUUGUCCUGUUUGUUUUUGAUUUUCAAAAAAACAAACAAAAGAAAAAAGAAAACAUCACUUUCACUCUUCAAAUGGUAAGAAAUACUUGUUUGGUUUGGGUUCCUUUUCCAUCUGUAUCUCUUUCUUUCUGAACAGUUUUUAUCCAUCAACUGUUUACAUACAUAUUACAUACAUCACUGAACACCAAAAACUAGUGGAUAUUUAUAUAGUCAGUCAGUUAGUAGUAACAUAGUAACACAGUGGUAGUAGAUGUUAACAACACACACACAUAUAUACAUCUAUAUAUAGAUACAUAUACAUAUUCAACCCCACCCAAAAAAAACAUCAAUGAAAUAUUUAUGUACUCUAUCUGUAGGUGUUUGUGUGUGUGUGUACAACUGACUGCCCCAACUUGUUGUCUCUGCUUCUUGUUUCCCUUCUAUUCAUAUGCAUCUUUCUCUGUUUCUUCUUCCUCUUCAUUUUCUUUUCUUGAUUUGUUCUUCUCUUGAUCUUGAUCAACCCGAUUCUUCACAUCCAUUCACACACAUGCUCAUGUGAAUAAUUCAUCUAUGUCUAUCUCUCUGAUCCCUUUCUUUCUGUUUUUCCAAUAAUCUUCAAAAUAAUUAGGUUUUCCUCUUUUUUUGAAUCAUCUCAUGACAUAUUUAUUUAUAUGAACCAAUCAAUCAAAAAAAGAAGUCAUAAAUACACUCAACCAAUCAUUGUAGAAAA